AUGCGGACGAGGAGGAGGAAAAGAGGAGGGAGAGGAGAGAUCGAUAUGGAUGACGUCACGGGCUCUCCUCCGUUUCUUUUCUCAGUUGGCCAUCUAGGAGACCGUGGGAGAAGCUGGUUUCUUCCAUCCAGUCUUCCUCCAGUCCUCUUCCUGGAUCCAUCCUCUCCAAGUCUGCGUACCACGUGCAUGGGUUCUCCUACUCGACGCACCGUUAGAAUACGCCCCGAUCCACUUCUCCGUUUCCAGAGAUCCGAUCUUGUUUGGAUAGGAUGGCGGAGAGACGAGAAUGAGAGAGAUUCCGUGCGAGAAUGGACGAUGAUGAAGAUGGCCUGGAUGGUCCCUGUCCUCGUGCUUUUAUCCUUCUUCCCUGUGAAGUCCGAAAACUCCACGAAUUCCAACCCGGAGUUAUAUCACCUGGGAUGUGUCCUCAGCGACGAGGAAUACGUGCGGCACUUCUCCCAAGUCCUCCAGGAUUUGAACUUCAAUAAGACAGGGGGAGAGGCGGGAGUGCUGCCGGGGGUGACUCUCUAUUCGGCUGUCAUGCUCAUGAACCCCAAUCCCAUCCGAACUGCCUUGGAUAUCUGCGCCAAACUCAUCAAAGAAAAGGUGUAUGCUAUCGUGGUGUCGCAUCCGUCGAUGGGGGAACUAAGCCCUGCUGCUGUCUCGUACACGGCUGGAUUCUAUCACAUCCCCGUCAUAGGGAUCAGUUCCAGGGAUUCCGCCUUCUCCGACAAGAACAUUCACGUGUCGUUCCUAAGGACGGUACCUCCCUAUUCCCAUCAAGCGGACGUAUGGGUUCAACUCCUGGUUUACCUGGGAUACAACCAGGUGAGACGAGCCGGAAACCCUUUCCUCGUUGUUUCUUCCACCCUUCGAGUCCAAUUUCUCUCUAGCGAUUGCGACCUGGAACUUUUUAUUUUUCUCUCCAACCAGGUCCUCGUGAUUCAGAGCUCGGACACCGACGGACGAGCCAUCCUCGGUCGAUUCCAAUCCUUGGCUCACAAUCUCGAAGAUGAAACUGACAUCAAGGUAGGAUGUCUCCUUCUUGACGAUGAGAAGGGGGGAAUAGAAGCAGUGAUCGAGUACGAAGCAGGACAUCAUGAUUUCAAGAAACACCUCCUGGAAGCCAAGAGUGCACAAGCCAGGGUUAUCCUCCUUUAUGCCAGUCGGAAAGAUGCAGAGAAUCUGUUCCGAGACGCAGUUGCGUUGGAGAUGACGACGGAAGGCUAUGUUUGGAUCGUAUCGGAACAGGCCUUGGAAGCCCAGGACGUUCCCGAGGGAAUCCUCGGACUUCGACUCAUCAAUGCCGCGAAUGAGAAGGCCCACAUCAACGACAGCCUAUUCGUGCUGAGCAUGGCCCUGAAGGACAUGUACUUCAACAACGAGUCGAUCGCCGACGCUCCCGAUGACUGCGAUAACGCCGGAGAAGCCUGGGAAACCGGAGAUACCUUCUUCAGGCAAAAACAGGAGUUGAUCGAUGGAUAUACGGGAAAAGUGGCGUUCGACGAGAACGGGGAUCGGAUGAAUGCCGAAUACGAAGUCGUCAACGUGCAGUCGGGUGGCCACUCCGUCCCCGUCGGGAAUUAUAAGUAUUCGAGGGAGGAGGGGAAGAUGGUGCUGAAAGUGGACGAGGAGAGCAUCACGUGGCCGGGUCCGAGUCGUCAGAAACCGGAAGGCAAAUAUCUCCCGACGUUUUUACAAGUUUUGACGAUCCGAGAGAAACCGUUCGUUUAUGCCCGUCCGAUUCGGCUGGACAUCGGCGAGGAAUGUAAAGAUGAUGAACUCGUCUGUCCCGAAUAUAAAACCCCGCCUCCUCAGGAGAACUCUUUCCUUCAGGGACUUCCUCUCACGAACGAUACCGGUGUGCUUUCGUAUUGCUGUCGAGGGUACUGCAUGGACCUGCUGCGCGAGUUGUCCCAUCGGAUCAAUUUCACCUUUUCGUUAAAGCUGAGCCCCGACGGAGUAUUUGGCUCUAACGUCUUCAACAACAACACAGGUGCGUCACGGGAUCAUCACUUCCUUCGUUUGGAAAUCCCAGGGAAGAAGGAAUGGACGGGGUUGAUCGGUGAACUGGUGACGGAAAGAGCGGAUAUGAUCGUGGCUCCGUUGACCAUCAAUCCAGAACGGGCUCAAGUGAUCGAUUUCUCGAAACCCUUCAAAUAUCAGGGAAUCGCCAUCCUCGAAAAACGGGCAAGUUUCCCUUCCGUGCACUUCCGACUUCAUUUCGUCGAGACGGCGAUCGUUUGGAAUUUCAACCUGUGGAUCUUGGUGAUGGUCUCGGUACACGUCGUGGCUUUGGUCCUGUAUCUCCUGGACCGGUUUUCCCCGUUCGGCAGAUUCCGGGUUCCCAAUACGGAGGAAAUGGGCGAAGAUGCCCUCAAUCUCUCCUCCGCCAUCUGGUUUGCCUGGGGUGUCCUUCUCAACUCCGGCAUCGGAGAAGGGACCCCCAGGAGCUUCUCGGCUCGAGUAUUGGGAAUGGUGUGGGCCGGUUUUGCCAUGAUCAUCGUCGCUUCGUACACCGCCAACCUGGCCGCUUUCCUCGUCUUGGAUCGUCCCAAGAGUUCCCUCUCCGGAAUCAACGAUGCCAGGCUGCGGAACCCGAUGGAGAACUUCACGUACGCGACCGUGAAGGGGUCGGCCGUGGACAUGUACUUUCGUCGACAGGUCGAACUCAGCAACAUGUACCGAACCAUGGAAGGGAACAACUACGACACGGCAGAAGAAGCCAUCGAUUCCGUUAAAGAGGGGCGACUGAACGCGUUCAUCUGGGAUAGUUCCCGGUUGGAAUUCGAGGCAGCUCGGGAUUGUCGACUCAUCACGGCAGGGGAACUGUUCGGUCGCUCGGGGUACGCCGUCGGGCUUCGCAAAGGAUCGCCCUGGACCGAUCGAGUCACUCUCGCCAUUCUCGACUUCCACGAACGUGGUCUCAUGGAAGACCUGGAUGACAUCUGGGUGAUGAAGGGGAUCGAAGGAUCGGAAUGCGGAGUGGAAGAAAAGGCGCCGGCCACGCUGAAGUUGCGAAAUAUGGCCGGGGUUUUCAUGCUCGUCGCCGCCGGGAUCGUCGGUGGGGUCGGACUGAUCAUCAUCGAAAUCAUCUAUAAGAAACACGCCAUCAAAAAACAGCAUCGCAUGGAUCUCGCCAGGUCUUCCGUCGAGAAGUGGAGGUCAUUCGUCGAGGUCGGUUCUGUUUUCCGACAAAAAAUUUCUUACUCUACUUGA